AUGGCUGGGACUCAUGGGAAAGGCCCCGGGGUGAUGCUGGGGAGCAGUGGUCUGGGGCGGCGGCGGCGAGCCCUGCGCUCCCUGGGCAGCCUGGCCGGGCGGCUGCUCCGCACCUGGGCGCGCCUGGCCGGGGGCCGCGGCCGACGCCGGGCCGCCUCGGAGGACGACGAGGGUGGGUUCCGAGGCGGGGGCGGCGGCGGCGGCCCCAGCGGGGAGCGGCGGCGGCGGCGGCUCCCCGGGGGGGCGGCGUUGUGCCCGUCGGGGAGCGGGGGGGAGCGGCCGCCGGGCGCGCAGGGGCUGCGGAACCACGGGAACACCUGCUUCAUGAACGCGGUGGUGCAGUGCCUGAGCAACACCGCCCCGCUGGCGGAGGUCCUGGCCCUGGGCCGUUACCGCGCCCGCGGCGGCCGCGCCGAGGUCACCCACCGGCUGGCGGCCCUGGUCCGCGCCCUCUGGACCCGCGACUACACGCCGCAGCUCUCCGCCGAGUUCAAGAACAUCGUCUCCAAGCACAGCGCCCAGUUCCGGGGCAACGCGCAGCACGACGCCCUCGAGUUCCUGCUCUGGCUGCUGGACCGCAUGCACGAGGACCUGGGCGCCGCGUCCCCCGCCCAGCAGACCCGCCACCCCGAGGAGGAGCCCGGCGAGGAUGGGAAUGGCAGCACUGGUGGCUCCCCGCCGCCCGCCCAGCACCCCCGCGGGCAGAGCUUCGUGCAGAGCCACUUCCAGGCGCAGUACAGGUCCUCCCUGACGUGCCCUCACUGCCUGAAGCAGAGCAACACCUUCGACCCCUUCCUGUGCAUCUCCCUGCCCAUCCCGCUGCGCCAGACCAGGGCUCUCAACGUCACCUUGGUGCUGCAGUGCGAGCGCCGUCGGUUCGUGCGGGUGGGGCUGGCCGUGCCCCUGCUGGGCACCGUGGCCGAGCUGCGGGAGAUGGUGGCGCGGGAGGGACGCAUCCCCCCGGAGCAGGUGAUCCUGGCCGAGGUGUCCCCGCGGGGCUUCCUGCGCUCCCUGGGCGACGCGGAGGAGCUGGGUGCUGCCGGGGAGGGGGCUCCCCUCUACGCCUUCCAGCCGCCCCCCGCCCGCCGCGCAGGGUGUCCCCGCAGCCUGCCCGCCUCCCCCGGGGCAGCCCAGCGCCCACCGCCCGCCGCCCGCUCCUCCGACUGCCUGCACCCCGGGGCGGGUGGCCGCAUCCUGCUGCUGCUCUGCAACACGGCGGGCGACGGCCCUCGCCUUGCCAGGUUCGGGCCGCCGCUGGUGCUGCGGGAGGAGCGGGGCGUCUCCUGGGAGCAGCUCCAGCAGAGCAUCCUGGCCCAGCUGCAGGCUCUGCUGCGGGGAGAGGUGCGGGCACAGGGCGCGGGAGCCCUCUUCCGCAUCCGCCUGGCGGGGGGCUCGGCCCCCUGUGCCUACCUGUCCCCGCAGGACCCCCGCCCGCUCUGCCACCCCGCCGUCGACAGAGCGCUGCAGCUGAGCGAGGCGGGCGGCCCUCCCCACGUGAAGCUGACGGUGGAGUGGGACGUGAGCACCAAAGAGCGCCUUUUCGGGAACAUCCAGGAGGAGGUGGUGCAGGACGCGGAGAGCGUGCGGCUGCAGCAGCAAGCGCACCGGCAGCAGCACAGCUGCACGCUGGACGAGUGCUUCCAGCUCUACACCAAGGAGGAGCAGCUGGCCCCGGACGACGCCUGGCGCUGCCCGCACUGCAAGGUGCCCCAGCAGGGCACGGUGAAGCUGAGCCUCUGGACACUGCCCGACAUCCUCAUCAUCCACCUCAAGCGCUUCCGCCAGGUGGCUGAGCACCGGCACAAACUCACCACGCUGGUGAGGUUCCCCCUGCGGGGUCUCGACAUGGCCCCCCACGUGGCGCAGCGGGGCCAGGCCGGCGGGCAGCUCUUGGGGCGCUGGGCGCCCUGGCAGCCCCCCCUCUGCCUGCCCCCGAGCUGCCCCCGCGACUACCUCUACGACCUGUACGCCGUCUGCAACCACCACGGCAGCAUGCAGGGCGGCCACUACACCGCCUACUGCUGCAACGCCCUGGACGGGCGGUGGUACAGCUACGACGACAGCAGGGUGGAGGGGGUGCAGGAGGCCGAGGUGAGCACCCGCAGCGCCUACAUCCUCUUCUACCAGCGCCGCAACGCCGUGCCCGCGGGGGCGGCCGGCAGCUCCGGCAGGGGCCCCGCUGCCCCCUGGCCCUCGGGACACUGGCUGGCCCGCCUGGGGGGCAGCGCGCGGGACACCACGGCCACCCGGCCCGAUGGCACCACCGCCCCGGAGAAAGGUGGUUUCGAGGCCAGACCCUUGGUGCGGGGCGUCCAGGGCCGCAGCCUCAGCGUCAAGCUGUCACCCGCCGGUGGCCCCCCCAGGACCGUGCCCCCGCGCUGGUCCUUCUCCGGCAAGGAGCGGGGGGCACCGGGGGAGCUGGUGGCCUAUCUGGAGUCGGGGCGCCGGCCACGCUGCACACGCCGUUCCCUCCUGCCGCUCGCCACGGGUGGGGACAGCCACACCGACACCCCUCCGGCCACCAGCCCCCCGCCAGCAGGCCCCCCAAAACAGCCCGGCAAGGGGCAGGAAGAAGCGGGCACCCCCCGAGCCCCCCGCCGGCCCCUCCGCCUGCCCCUGCUGCGGCGAGCCGCCAGCGCCGGCGCCGAGGGGACCCUGCGCCUGCCCCCCAAAAGCCAGAGCAGCGGGCUGCCGCGGCCGGAGGGGGAUGCGGGUGUCCCCCUGGCACGGCUGUCCCCCGCUUCAGUGGCCAUAGCGCGCUCACAGAGCUCGGCCAGCCUCCCCCCGCGCCCCGAGGGGGGUCUGCGACGCUCGGCCUCGCUGGGCAGGGGCGCGGGGGGAACCCCCAUGGCCGCCCGGGGUCCCCCCGGGGCCACGCUGCAGCGGGGACGGCAGCCCCUGGGGUCCCUGUGCCACCCGGCCGUGCCUGAGUCCAGCUUCUGAGCCACGGCCAGUGGGCAUCUGCCCCCCCGCCCCGGGCUCCUGAACUGAACUGGGGGCUCCCAAAGUGGGGGCUGUCCCAAACUGUCUCAACCCAAGGGCUCCUGACCCAGGAGAUCCCAAACAAGGGCAUCCCAAAGCAGGGUCAGCCUGAACUGGGAACGUCCCAAGCUGGGGGGGGGUCCCAAGCUGGGGGGGUCCUGAACCCGGGGCUCCCAAACUGGGGCAUCCCCAAACUGGAGGUAUUCAGGUAUCCCGAAACUGGGGCAUCCCAAACCGGAGGCUCCAAACCUGGGCACUUCCUAAACCAGGGGCAUCCCAACCCGGGGGCAUCCCAAACCAGGAGCAUCCCAAACUGGGGGCAUCCCAAAUUGGAGGCUCCCCAACCAGGGGAUCCCAAACCAGGGGCAUCCUUAAACUGGGGGCAUCCCAAACCAGAGGCUCCCAAACUGGGCACUUCCUAAACCAGGAGCAUCCCAAACUGGGGGCAUCCCAAACCAGAGGCUCCCCAACCAGGGGAACCCAAACCAGGGGAACCCAAACCAGGGGCAUCCCAAACCGGGGGCAUCCCAAACCAGGGGCUCCCUGGGAGCAUCCCAACCCAAAAGCUCCUAAAUCGGGGCAUCCCAAACCGGGGGCAUCCCAAACCAGGGGCUCCCUGGGAGCAUCCCAACCCAAAAGCUCCUAAAUCAGGGCAUCCCGACCCGGGGCCGUUCCAACCCCGCGGCAUUCCAAACUGGGCUCAUCCCGAACCGGUGGCUCUGAAACCAGGGGCAUCCCAACCCAGGGGCAUCCUGAACAGGGGGCAUCGUCCGCUCGCCUCCCCGUGGCCCGUCCCAGGGAGCGGGCGGGCAAGCGGGCGGGUGGGCAGGCGUGGGCUCCCUGGCUGGGCCAGCUCUGGGACGCGAGAGUAUUUAUUGUACCAGGAGAGUUUUAUUCCGAGACGCUUUUUGUUUUCUAAAAAGCGACUAUGCCCGGGGGGGGCAGGCGGGCCCCCCCACACCAAGGUCUAUGCAAUACGCGAUUCCUCCAGCCAGCUUUUGUACGCGGCCGGGGGGACAGGGGGCUGCGGCCCCACCGCCCGCCGUUUCUAUUAAAGACACGUGAAAGGAGCCCGGUGCGGUGC